CUAACUUCUCCUCUUUCACUUCAUUCGGCUUUUUUCUCUCAAACGCUUUUGCAAUGGCAAAGGUCGACCAAAAUAGCAAGCGACGCUGUAAAAUCUGUUCCAUUUCUUUCAAAACUCAUUCCCAAUUUGCGAAUCAUUGUUUAGAUGCAGAUCAUCAAAGCGAUCAGUGUUGCGAGCACUGUAUCAGGUGGUUUUGUAGCACAGAAGCCUUGGCCCAGCAUAACAAGUCAAAACAUGGGAAGUUGCCGGAGGCUAUGGCAUUUCAAAAUCAAAGGCUAAACGCCUCGACGCCUCAAAUUCUACAGCAAUUUCACUUCAAAGACCGGAACUACAGAAGAUUCCCGCUACUCGACAUGGCAGUUAUUUACACUCGUCUCAUUCUCAAAUGCCAUUCUUCGGAGCGCCUCAGAAAGGAGGGCUACAUUUUGGGCCAAGACAAUCGCGAGAACGGGGGACAAGCCGAUAUCACGAAACAAACCAUUAUGGCUUCUUGUCCAAGCUCUCUCGAACCGAAAAGAAAGGCCGUCGCUCUUGACUGCGAAAUGGCAGGGGUCAGAAACGGUGAUAGCGAAAUCAUAUCCAUCUGCGUCAUCGACUUCUUCACUGGCCAAGUUUUAAUCAAAACUCUUGUUAAACCUCGGGAGCCCAUAAUUGAAUGGCGCACCAACAUCCAUGGCAUACGGCCGGCAACACUAUCAAUAGCUGCAUCCCAAGGACAAGUCCUUUAUGGUUGGGAAGCAAUACGACAAGAGCUAUUUAAGCAUAUCAACACAGAAACAGUAAUAGUUGGACAAUCUCUCCAGCAAGAUUUAAAAAGGCUACGGGUGUCACAUGGAAAGGUUUUUGAUACUGCUAUUCUUACAGCAGAAGCGGUGUUUGGAGCAGAUGCUAGUUUCGGUCGUCGAUGGAGUCUACAAUCCCUUUGUGCAGAUCUGUUGAAAUUACGUAUCCGACAGGGUUCCAACCCUCACGAUGCGUUGGAAGACGCUAUGGCAGCACGAGAGGUUGCGUUGUGGUGCAUAUGCCACCCUGACAAGUUGAAGCAAUGGGCAAAGAGGGCACGCAAGAAGUACAAUACUGAAAAGGCGAAACAGGUGGAGCGCAGGCGAAAUAACAGAAGGAAUGUGUAUUACCAAGCGCCUGCUCGCGACGAUGAGGGGUAUUAUCAUGAUUAUGGUGACGAUGAUGAUGAGAUCCUUCGAUGGGAGGAUGUAGUAGACUGGGAUACGUGGCCAAAGUCUCCUCCCUCUUCUGAUUAGCAUUACGAGAUGAGCAAUUUUGCCCCAGAUCCAACUACUGAAAUUCGAUUCUGUUUACAAGGCGUGGUAUAGUUCUUUGGUACUUAAUCGUGAUGGGUGAUGAUGUUUGCCAACGAAAGUAAAGACAACAGCCUUGGGUUCACUCGGUGCGAUUAGAUGGCGCAGUCAAAAGGGCGAGGUGAUUGCCAAUGAAUUUCAAUUUAUGCAGACUAAAAAUGAUUCAUGGCGGCUUCGCAUUUUGCUUCUGCAGACCAGGGAGUAUGCAUGUGCUACAAGGUCCAAGAAAACGUCACCUUCUAUGUAAUAAGUUUCAGUUGACGGAUAUUCUUUACUUUUAGAAGCUC